AUGAGUCCAACUCACGCCCACGGAGAUGAUCACCACGCGGAAGAGGAGGAGGGUCCACAUGUUCCGUACACCGGUGAACGUCCACCGUUUGAGCGAAUUCCAAUGCCGUCAAUGGCUUCAGAGGAGUAUAAAGAUACUCUACCGGCGUUUGAUAGUGAGAAGCCAAUGCCUCCCCCACGUAAUAUAUUUGAACGUUUCUCACGGGUACUUCAGUUACAGUACGGACAGGAUCCUGACAUACCGAUUUUGGGUAGUUCACUAGAGCGCAAAUACGAUAGUUGGUUUGACUACAUUACGAGCCCAAUUUCAGCAUUGCGACCACGUAACUAUGUGGAUGCGUACACAAGACCGAAUCCCUGUCCAGAGGAGUACUGGUGGGCAUCAUGGCGGUGGCCACGUACAAAGUACGUAAACGCAAAAGUACCUCCCCCUGUAGAUGGAAAGUACAAUGAUUAUUAUCAUUAUUUGGCUUACAAAAAUUGGUUGGAACGAGAGCGUGAUGUUUAUGUCUCACACGCUAACUUGGUUAACGAAAUGACUAUGCGAUGCUUGAUGAAAGAGGGACAGUACAAUGCUGCAAAGAAUUGUCGUCACUUAUACAAUAAAGCAUUUGCCAUGUCUCGUAUGGAGGAACUCAAUCAGGCACUACUAUAUAUGGCGAUUACAGGGAAUGCAGCUAUACGUGAGACUCCCUACCCCAAAAACUUUGUUGAGGAAAAACGGAAGAUUUACGAUGAUUGGUUAUUCCGUACCCGUAUGAAGAAACCGGGUGAUGUGGUAUAG